AUGCUUCCACCGGUCGAUGAUGCAGUUUUUAUUAACAACCCCGACUUUGCCGAGCUCUACAAGUCUCUCACAGCCAAUAUCCUUAACCCAGAUGGAUCAACCAAAAACGAUGCUGGGGCCAAGAAGCGGGAUGCUGUACAGGAGGAACUCAAAUAUCACCGUCUAGAGGCAACAAAACAGCACCUCCUCCAACAAGCCCUCUCAACCACCAGCCCACCCUCAUCCCAAGCCCCUAAACCAUCAGCUCAGCACCGCAGGACCAAAUCCCAGCUCUCGCGCUUGACCAAACCCCAAGAAGCAACCCAACUCCCACCAGAGCUUCUUGACCUUCUAGUCCUCCUCCCGCCCUUCCUCUCAAGAGCAUCCACGUUGUUGAGACCAGACCUCGAGGCUCUUCUCUCCACUCCCCCCUUCUCGGAAAUAAUCCAUCUCCUCCCCCAACUAACCCCUCUCGUCUCCUCGCACCUGAUAACCCAAGCCAGCACCCUAGCCCGCAUCCUCCACCCCAGUACAAACCCGUCAUUCAUCCACCGCUCCAUCCCGCAAAUCCACCCCACGACGCAGUCCCUCCUCGCAACUCUAGCCACCCAAAGCGCGACGCUCUCGCAAGCCCGGCUCUCCGCCACCUCGUCGUUGGUCUCCCAUUUAAACCACCAUACCGAUGCCCUUGUCAUUUUGUUGAGGGCAUUGGAAGCUAAACACGGCCCCUCGGCCUACUCCUCCGAACUGCAAGCCUCGCAGGGCGCGUUGGCGGCACAGCUAUGGAGCGAGGCGCUGCAGUUACUGCUGUGGCAGACGAGGGGAACUGUGUACCCGCCCGAAGCCAAGGUGGCGCUGACGAAUUACCGGAGGCAUUUGCGGGAUGCGAAAAUGAGGUUGGUGGAUAGUAUUCGGAUUAAGGAGACGGAGCUGAGGGAUUAUGGGGUUUUUGUUGAGGGUGCUGAUGCUGGGAAGGAUGAAGGGAGGGAAAGAGUGAGGGGGCGGCAGAUGAUAGGUGGUGGCAAGGGGAAUGAUGAGGCCAAGGAGAGGAUGAUGAGGGAAAUGGGACGGGUGUGGAAGGAGAUGGAGGAGAGGUUGGAAGAGAUUCAGAAAGAUUUGGAGAGGUUGGAUCGGAGUUAG